UGGAUGGCUGCGUAUGAAACGAAUGGGAACGCUAGUGGGGGAGGAGGGGGGUGGGGGGGGGGGGGUCCUACGAACGAAAAUUGCGCGAAGAAGAAGAAGAAGAAGAAGAAGAAGAAGAAGAAGAAGAAGAAGAAGAAGAAGAAGAAGAAGAAGAAGAAGAAGAAGAAGAAGAAGAAGAAGAAGAAGAAGAAGAAGAAGAAGAAGAAGAAGAAGAAGAAGAAGAAGAAGAAGAAGAAGAAGAAGAAGAAGAAGAAGAAGAAGAAGAAGACAAAGAAGAAGAAGAAGAAGAAGAAGAAGAAGAAGAAGAAAAACAAUGACAACGGAAGCGUGGUGCUAGGAAGAUUUUCUAACCUAGCUCCAUACCAUGUGAAACUAGUGAGAGAAAAGUUGACUAGAAAGUGGGGAGUAGAAAUAUAAUCAGAGUAUUAUUCCCUCACAACAAGCA